ACGCUCCGGCUCCCACUUCUUUCCCACUCGCACUUCGGACACUCGGGAGGGGACGAGUUUUCCCCAAAAAGAAACCCGACCGACGCCGACGGACCUCUGCUCUGCCUCCCUAAAACCCUCCGCUGCCGCCGGAUAAACACCGAAGAAAAAUGGGCAACUGUCAACCCACAGUUUUCCCCUACGAGGAUUUCGACGUGGUGGCAGACAUCAAGGCCAUCCGCAAAGCCUGCAAAGGGUUCGGAACCGAUGAGCAGGCCAUCAUUGACAUCCUGGCCAACCGCAGCGCAGCUCAGCGUCAGGAGAUCAAGGCGGCUUAUUUUGAGAAAUACGACGACGAGCUGGUGGAUGUGUUGAAGAAAGAGCUGUCGGGGAACUUUGAGAACGCCAUCCUGGCGAUGCUCGACCCGCCCGUCGUCUACGCUGUGAAGGAGCUCAGGAAGGCCAUGAAGGGAGCGGGAACCGACGAGGACGUGCUGGUGGAGAUCCUCUGCACCGCCACCAACGCUGACAUCGCCAUGUUUAAGGAAUGCUACUUUCAGGUGCAUGAGCGCGAUCUGGAGGCAGAUAUAGAGAGCGAUACCAGCGGGGAAGUUAGAAACCUCCUCACGGCUCUGCUGCAGGGAAUCAGGGAUGAAAGCUACGAGGUGGACGAGGACCUGGCGGAGCAAGAUGCCACCGCCCUGUUCGAGGCCGGCGAAGGUCGCUUCGGGACGGACGAGUCCACCUUCAGCCACAUCCUGGCCACCAGGAACUACCUGCAGCUCCAGGCCACCUUCAAGAUCUACGAGCAGCUCUCGGGAACAGAGAUCCUGGACGCCAUCGAGAGCGAGACAUCCGGGACCCUGAAAAGAUGUUACAAGGCUCUUGUCCGCGUGGCUAAGAAUCCGCAGCUGUACUUCGCCAGACGUCUGCACGAUGCGAUGAAAGGCGCAGGGACGGAUGAAGACACCCUGAUUAGAAUCAUCGUGUGCCGCUCCGAGUACGACCUGGAGACGAUCAAAGACAUGUACCUGGAGAAGUACGACGUGUCUCUGAAGGACGCCAUCAGAGACGAGUGCGGCGGUGACUUCAAGCGCCUCCUGCUGGCCAUUUGCCACUAGAAGCUGCAAACGUUUUUCUGUCUAACACACCAACUUUCCUCAGUCCCUGUACGGCAUUAAGGAGGGAGCAGGAGUUAUUAUUAUUAUUCACUCCUAAAUGUGUCUCUUAUGUUCUUUGUUCACAUGUAGGACCCGGCUGAUAGUUACCGCCCAUUUUUAGCCCAGAUUUUUAGCCCUAACUCUUAACAUUUUUACCAACAGCAAGAUUUCUGUGUUUCUAACGGCCUAUAAAAGCCGCUGAAGACGCACCGAUGCAAAUGCAGCUGAGGUGACGUCAUGAGAUGCUUCGGGGUUUUGAUAAGAUAACAACUUUUUAACGUAAGGCCGUGUUUUAGCUACACCUCCUUCUGCUACACCCUCCACUCCCCCAAAGACCUCUUUACCCUUCGCUGCUGCUACGACUUAAGCAAUCACUCCUUACGGGAUGAAGUUAGUGCUUUUAAAUGAAGGAUCAGAAGGUUUGAACGAUUAAUGAAGAGUGUUAUGGAAGAAGUUACUGAAAUGUUACCACAGAAGGUCCAAAACAGAGAUUAUGUGUUUUUCAUCGGCUGCUUGCUGAAGGAAAUUAUCAGAGCUUUCUAAAUGUUACAUUAUUUUCAUCCUAAACUACAAGACCCUGACAAAUCAAGUACACCUCAUCGUAUUACACCUGAAUAUAUCCUUGUUUUGUAUUUUAUUACUAACAGAGAUUAGUAUUAAUAUAUAUAACUACAGAGUCGACUGUUCCAGAGAUUAUGUUAAACUGUUUUUAGAUAAUCUGAAUAUUUAACUCUGAAAUAAUUGGAUGUUGUUUCUUAGUUUCCAUCUUUGGAAGUUGGAAUUUGUUACACCCGUUUCCAAUCUGUAGCCAAAGAGUUUUAACCUAAUAAAGUUCACUGUGUAAUCCUC